CAGACUGGAGUGCCCUGUGAGAGCAGGGGACGGACCGAACGAACGAACGAACUCUCUAUACCUAACCGCUCGCUCGCACGCCGUCUGCCUAUCUGUCCGAAUAUCCGUCCCGGUUCUUCCUCGGUGUCGUCGUCCCGGUACUGCUAUCACGUUUCGGUUCUGCGUCUCGUGUCAGCUGUUUUCAUGACGUGUCGUGUCGCGUGCCGUAAUCUGCUCCGAAUCGCAGAGAGAAUAAGCGUUAUCCUUGAUAUUGCGCGUCACUGCUACUGAUCUCGUUAAUCGUGCUCUCUUUCGGAAAUAUCAAGCAAAAGAACGGGAUUGAAGUGCGCGAAGUCCUAAAGCGACGCGAUGACAGUCCGUUGAUGAUCGCGUGGUUAGAGAAGAAGGUGCGUCAUGAGGCCGAUCCGGGCCGACCAGAACUCUGGGCCAGCCUGAUGGCAAUCGUAGUCGACGAUCGUUCGUCGCGUUUCGUCGUUCUAUUUCGUUUUUCGUAUGUUUUCACAACGUUAUCACGCGUAGAAACUCAGUGAGAGAAAGAGAAAAAAAAAAUAGAGAAAAAAAGAGAGAGUGAAGUGCAUGCAGGUGCGGUUGUGCCGCGAUCCUUUUUGGUUUGGCAUAUAUUCGGAGACCAAAAGAGGAAGAACUACACUGUUACGCGCAAAUAAAAUCUAGAUAUGUCGGCGUACGCGCAAUUCGGAUAUUCCUAUCCGUCGGCGUCUCAGUUGCUAGUUAGCGGCGGACAGCCUACGACAGCAACUUCGCCGGCGAUGUCGUCAGGGGGUGCGUUGAGCCCGGGCGCCUUAUCUCCUUCGUCGUCGGCGACAACGACGACGGGGGCCGGGCCCGCGGGCACCGGGGGUGCUACGACUCCCGUAGGUGCAACCGGGCCCGGUUGUUGCGAGAACGGCAGGCCCAUGAUGACGGAUCCCGUUACGGGGCAAACGGUGUGCAGCUGCCAAUACGACAGCGCCGCGAGAUUGGCGUUGAGCACUUAUCCCCGGUUAGCACCAACCGCGACUUCCUAUUCCUCCUAUCCCACGCCGACACCUUCCACCACCGACCAGGGGCCUUACCCCAGUAUCGGCAUGGACAGUUCGGCGUUUUACUCUCCAUUGGGUAAUCCGUACGGGCUGAAGGACGCGACGGGUAUGGGCAUGACGGCGGACAUGGGUGCUGCCUGGGGUACGGCCGCCCUUCAACCUGCUGCUACGGGUUACUACCCUUACGAUCCAACCCUGGCCGCCUAUGGGUACGGUGCUGGUUACGAUCUGGCCGCACGGCGGAAGAAUGCCACGAGGGAAUCGACGGCAACCUUGAAGGCUUGGCUGAACGAGCACAAGAAGAACCCGUAUCCGACGAAAGGCGAGAAGAUUAUGUUGGCUAUCAUCACGAAGAUGACGCUGACUCAAGUCUCCACUUGGUUCGCGAAUGCGCGGAGACGUCUCAAAAAGGAGAACAAAAUGACCUGGGAGCCGAAGAACAAGACGGACGAUGACGACGACGCGGUGCUCACCGAUUCCGAAGAUAAUAAGGAGAAGGACGAUCUCGCGGCGGACAACAGGGGCGAUCGGGUCGGCGAGGAGGCGAGGCGAGGCCUCGAUGAUACCGAGCCAAUGAGGCACGUGAAAGCGGAGCUUCUACAACACGAUAAGGAUCUCGACGAUGAAGAUGAUUUAGACCUCGAAGACGAACGUCGGAGAAACGAACAUUUCCAUCACACGAUGCCACAUCAUCAUCAUCAUCACCAAGGCUACGGCGAGGAUCAUCUGAAGGAUGAAGGCAUUAAGCCUGAUUGCAGCGGGGGUGGUGUGCCAAUCCCAGCGUCGAAACCUAAAAUCUGGUCUCUAGCAGACACGGCAGCAUGCAAGACACCACCUCCGCCCUCGCAUCCCCACCAUCAACAAUAUCAUCACUUGCAUCAUCAGCAACACUAUCCACAGCAACAGCAGCAACAUCACGUGCCGACUCAGGGACAUCAUCAUCACUCGCAACAACCCUGGCUUGGCCCGGGAGGCACGGGAGGUGGCGCUGCUGGUGGUGGUGGCAGCGGGGGUGGUGGAGGGAGCUUAGGCAGCUCAUUUGCUCUACCCUCUUCGGCGGGGAUGAGCCCGUCGGCAGCGACGGCGCCGUAUUCGGGUGCUGCCGCAAGAUACGGCGGCUUCCUCUCAUCCUCAUCAGGCGGCCAACUCCAUUACAAUCCCAACUCGUCGUCAGGCUCGAGCUCGAGCGCGUCCUCUUCGGCAGCGGCGGCGGCGGGGUUUCCCGAAGUUGGCACGGACACUCCACCCCAAACGCCGCCCAAUAUGAAGGUGGCCACACCGAACGGAGUGAUCCAGGCGCCACCGGGUGGUUAUUGUCCUAGCAACGCCGCUGCGACUAAUGGCAAUCCUAAUAAUCCCUACGGCGCGAAUCAUCCCGGCAACGGUGGUUAUCUAUCUAGCACGGGCUCGGCCAGCAACGCGUCGUCCUUCAGCUCGCGAUUGCAGAGCUCGCCGCAUAAAGACUUCUCGCCAGUCGGUCAGAAUUCCAUUCUCCACCAACAUCAAACCACUGCCAGUUUACCGCCAACGGAAGCUACCACCGCAUUUAAACCAUUUUACAAAGGCUCGCAAUCGAUGGGUAGUGGCUUCGUAUCGCCCGUUUAAGAAUCAGCGCAAUCGUCCAGAACGAUCAACUUUUUCACA